AGAGGGCAGAGGCACCCUGGAGUGCAGACCCCAGCAGACACUCUGACCACGCACAGAAGCAUGAACUGAGCGUGCUGGGGACAGAGAACAGCCAAGGGGCAGCCGGCAGUCAGUUCAAGUCCUCACGAAGGAGGGCAACACCACCUGUGGGCCGGGACAGUCGGCUCGAGGGCUAGCAGCCAGGAACGUGGUGAAGAACUUGGAUCUGAGGUGGGCCCAUGGUGUAGCUGUGGUGUGCUUUCCAGAGCAGCCUCCAAGCCCACCCUGGAAGGUGAUCCAGAGACCAUAGAGCAGAAAGGCUUCCUUGUCAGAGUGAGCUGCUGGAAGCCCACCAGUAUCAGCAGUGCCAAGAGGAGCUGGGGUGCCAGUAUCUGUGCAUCUUCAGAGGCAGCAGGGGCCAGCGUGCCACAUCUGGCCCCAGUCCUGAAAGGAUAGAUGGUGCUUGGCCCGUGGCCCUUGGCUGAGGCACCAUGGUCAGGCUCUGCCAGGCCCUGCUGCUGGUAGUGGCCACUAUGGCCCUUGCAUCCAGAGGAGUCCAAGCCUGGAGCUCAACGAAGGUGGUGAGGACAUUCCAAGAUAUCCCUCAAAACUACGUCUAUGUGCAGCAGGCACUCUGGUUCGCCAUGAAGGAGUAUAACAAGGCCAGCAGAGACAAGUUCAGCUUUAGGGCGCUGAAGGUUCUGAAGAGCCAGGAGCAGGUGACAGAUAGUUUGGAGUACUAUAUUGAGGUCAAAAUUGCCCGAACCAUUUGCAAGAAAAUUUCAGAAGAUGAAAACUGUGCUUUUCAAGAGGAUCCCAAAAUGCAAAAGGUGGUUUUUUGUACUUUCAUUGUUGCAUCUAAACCAUGGAAAUUUGAACUCACCAUGCUGAAGAAACGAUGCAAAGAUAUGUAGUUAUCUUCUAGUGUGUUUUGCACACUCAUUUCCAUUUUAAAGAAGAAGCAAAGACACUUGCAAGAACUAGAACGACACAAUUAACCCAUUGACUUCAUUUGUUUGGGCUUUUUGCAUUUUUGUGUGUUCUUCAUGGGCUGAUGUUGAAAAUCCAUGAUGUGUUUUGACAGCAUUGCACAUCAUUCUAGCUGGAUACUUCACCUACUAGCUGGGAUAAUCUGCUACCAAUAAAUGGAAGCAGUUUCUACACCUCACCCAA